UUUAUUUUAAGAUAAAUUUAAUUUAAAAACACUUAUUUUAAGAUGAAUAAACGAAUAAUUACUAUAAACUAAUGGUAGAAAAACCAUACACUACUAUACAUAUUUAAUAUCUCACAUUUCCUCAUAACAUGGAACUCUCUCUAGAACUUCCUUCAUAACCAUAGAAUAAUAAACCAACUUUUUCCACGUUAGUGUACCAUAAUUUAACACAUAUUUAUCUUAAUAACAAUAAUUACUAUAUUCUUUUUUUUUAUUUAAUUUAUCAUUUCCCAUAACAACACUAACAAUAAAAAAAAACACAAAACUAAAUCUAAAACUCCAUCCAUGUCACUACUCUUCCUUUUUCCACCUUCUUUCAUCACUUAUCUUCCUCUUUUUUAUUUCUUCCAUUUUAGAAGUUAAAUAAUUCACAUUCUUAUUAAUGUUAUCUCUUUUAUUCUUCAAAUUAAAUGUCUUCAAAUGUACAAAAUUCAACCCCAUCACCAACAACAUAUGCCUCACCACCAGUAGCAAUAAUCUUCACUAUCAUCCUUGUAUUAAUUUUCUUCAUUGGUUUUUCAUCUAUUUUCUUUUGUAGAUGUUUCAUCCAAAAUCUACUAUACACAUGGCAUUUAAGGAAUAGCCCUAAUGGUACUCCAAUUGAUCCUAGGGUUUCAGCAAAUGGACAGUUAGGUCUUGAUCCUUCUAUUAUUAAAUCAUUUCCAACAUUUACCUAUUCAAGUGUAAAAAAUUAUCGUAAAGAAUCUUGUGGUCUUGAAUGUGCUAUUUGUCUCGUUGAAUUCGAUAACAAUAGCGUCCUUCGCCUGGUUACCUCAUGUAACCAUGUUUACCAUCAAGAUUGUAUCGAUCUAUGGCUCGAAUCACACAAGACAUGCCCCGUAUGUCGCGCAAACCUAGAAUCGCCUGAGGUGCUAAAGAAAAGGUCACAAUAUACAUCAUACGUGACCAGUAAUAGUAAUAGUAAUAGUAACAGUAACAUUAGUAGUAGUAGUAAUAAUAACAAUAAUAACAAUAACAAUAAUGUCAUGCGUGACAUUAAUGAGAACGAAUCGUUAGAAGAUUCAUUGAGCAUUUCAAUUCGAGAUGAUAACAACAACGACGACGAUGAUGAUCAUAAAGAAGAAGAAGAAGAAAGUGGAUGCUCUAGUGCAACAUUAGAACGUGUGGAAUUACAAGAUGGAGAAGCGAAAUUAUCGAGAUCGCAUUCAACGGGGCACUCUAUAAAUAGAUCUAGAGGAGCUGAAGAUAGGUUUACAUUGAAAUUACCAGAACAUGUUAGGGCAAAAAUUAUAAAGGGACAUAAUUCAACAAAAAGCUGUACUACUUUUGGUGAAUACAAAAGCAAAACAACUACUGGAAAUGCUGGUUUUGGUGAAGUUUCAGAAUCAUACACAGUAGAUAUCAAUAAAUUAAGAUAAUUUUGUUUUUUUUCUUCCUUUUUUAUGUUGAAUUAUUAGACAUAUCUUGUUCAUUCAUAAUA